GACUGCGGUAACGCAAUGGCACACGUCACACUCAACGCCCAGAAAUGGAAUCUUAGUAUAAAUAAGAGGCAGUUCCACUUCAAAGUUGAAAUUGAAUUCACACAAGAGAUGGCUUCUCCUCUUCUUACUCCUUACAAGAUGGGCAAAUUCAAUCUGUCCCAUAGAGUUGUUUUGGCACCGCUGACCAGACAGAGGUCUUACGACAACGUCCCACAACCCCAUGCCAUCCUCUACUACUCCCAGAGAACUUCCAACGGAGGCCUUCUCAUUACUGAAGCCACUGGCGUCUCUGACACGGCUCAAGGCUAUCCGCAAACCCCUGGCAUAUGGACUAAAGACCAUGUUCAAGCUUGGAAACCCAUUGUCGAUGCCGUCCACGCCAAAGGCGGUGUUUUCUUCUGUCAGAUUUGGCACGUUGGAAGAGUUUCAGAUUCAGUUUAUCAGCCAAAUGGACAAGCACCCAUAUCUUCUACGGACAAGCCACUCACACCCCAAAUUCGAAGUAAUGGCAUUGAUCAAGUACAAUUUACCCCUCCAAGGAGAUUAAGGACUGAUGAAAUUCCGCAUAUUGUAAAUGACUUCAGACUUGCUGCAAGGAAUGCCAUCGAAGCUGGUUUUGAUGGGGUUGAGAUCCAUGGGGCUCAUGGCUACCUGCUUGAGCAAUUUAUGAAAGAUAAAGUGAAUGACCGAACAGACGAAUAUGGUGGAUCCCUUGAGAACCGCUGCCGAUUUGCUUUGGAAGUUGUUGAAGCUGUUGUUAAUGAGAUAGGGGCGGACAGAGUUGGAAUUAGGCUAUCGCCAUUCGCAGAAUAUUCAGAGUCUGGAGACUCUAAUCCAAAAGAAUUGGGGCUUUACAUGAUGAAUGCCCUCAAUAAGUAUGGUAUUCUUUACUGUCACAUGGUGGAACCAAGAAUGAAGACUGUUGGAGAAAAAACUGAAUGCCCUCAUAGCCUGGUGCCUAUGAGAAAGGCCUUCAAUGGCACUUUUAUAGCCGCAGGAGGUUAUGACCGCCAAGAUGGGAUCAACGCUGUAGCUGAAAACAGGGCUGAUCUUGUUGCUUAUGGCCGUUGGUUCUUGGCUAAUCCAGAUUUGCCAAAAAGAUUUGCUCUCAAUGCCCCUCUCAACAAGUAUCACCGGGAGACAUUCUACACUUCUGAUCCGGUUCUUGGUUAUACUGACUACCCCUUUCUUGAUGAUGAAGAAUCCAAUGCCGUAGCAUCCUAGGGUAGAGCCUCCAUUUUUAAUAACCUUAUCUUCCCCUGCAAAUUCAUAUUUGCAAUUUGGUUGGUCGGAUUUUCAUUCACUUGUUCUUUACAUGCUUCUCUGCUAUGGUUUUGGAUCCACCUUACACAUUUUCUAAAUUGUAAGGGAGUGUAAUAUGUAGAACUAUUAUUGUUGUAUUAAUAUCACUGGAUCCUAGUAAGUGUUGGGCUAAAGGCCUAAAGCUAUAUAUGCACCUUAUAUUUCAAUUUGCAAUA